ACCAGCCUGCAAGAAGACCGCCUUGUGCUCCCUCCGUCUCUCUCUCCUUUCCCUCCUUCACUCACACAAGUUCAAAAACCCAGAAGAAGUUACAAUAAUGGGCCCACCAAGCAAGAAUGCCCGUGCAAUAUCACAAGAAGCUUUUGAUGAACUAGUAAAAGAGAACAUAGAAGAUCUAGGGAUUGUGACUUGCGUACCGGGAGAGGGUAAUGUGAGGGAGGAUCCAGUCAUUAAGUGUUUGGAGAGAUUGGAGGAAUUGGGAUUUGAUAAUAAUGGUUCGAAUGAGAUGGCGGGGUUGUUUGAUCAGUUGGCUGGAUUGUUUAGUGGUGUUGAAGGAUCUGGGAAUGUUUCAAUUGGGGUUAGAAAUGGUGGGGUGGAAUUGGUUUGUUCUAUUUGUUCUAACAUUCCUAUUGGGUCUGAGAAAGUUCUUGUUUCAGCUUUGGAAACGUUGGCAUUGUUGAUUCAUGAUGUUCAAAGUACCGAAACCUUUCGGUCUAGUGAUGGACCAAAAAUGGUGGUUGAUAUUUUAAAAGACGGGAGUGAAAGUUUAGACAUCCUGAAUAGGGGGUUUGCCGUUGUUGCUGCAGCGGCAACUAGCAACGAGGUUGUGAAAGAGUUGUUUAUGGAAUUGAAAAUUGAUGAGCUUAUUUUGGAAGCACUGAAUAGACAGAGUAAAGGCAACAUCCGAGGUCUAUAUGAUUCUAUACGUUUUCUCUUGACACCUGAUGAUAAUCGUGUUGUGGCAUCCCAAGUUUAUGGUUAUGCACGGAGAUUUGCCAAAAUUGGAAUUGCAAGAGCUCUUGUGGAAUCACUACGGGCAGGGCUUAUCUCACCCAGUUUAGUCUCAGCAAGCAUCGCUUUAAAGGCUGUUGCUGUUAAUGAUGAAAUAUGCAAAUCCAUCGCUGAAAAUGGUGGCAUCGAUGCCAUUCUGAAAUGUAUAGAUGACAGUGGUGAACAAGGCAACAAAAUUGUAGCUAAAACUUGCUGUUCUUUGUUAUCCAAGUUGGCAGGAUGUGAUUCAAAUAAAAGUGCUAUUGUAGAGAAGAAGGGUAUUAACAAGCUAAUCCAACUCUCAGCCAGAUUUUCUGAUGACCCCCCUGUUCUGCAAGAGGUUAUGUCUGUCUUUACGGUGCUCUGUUUAAGAUCUCCAGACAAUGCAGCCCGUGCCAUGGAAGCCGGAGCUGGAGACCUUGCCAUCCAAGUCAUGGGGAAGUUUUCUACUGUGCAACAAUUACAGAGGAAUUCCUGUCUAAUGAUCCGUAAUUUUGUUGUGAGGAACCCGGAGAACAGAACUACUCUUCUUAGUCAUGGCAUCGAGAAAUUUAUAAGAAGGGCAAAGGUAAACCACGAAACAUGCAAGGGUGCUGCCACCGAUGCUCUGAGGGAUUUGGGCCUUGAUAACUACAAUUCAUAGCUCGUGCUCAGAAAAUUAAUGACUCGAUGCAUGUUGGAUUAUACUCCGUGAGGCUCCAUUUUGAUUUUGUGUGGGUCAGAAUAUUGCAAAAAUAUACUCAGAUUUAAGAGUGAAGAAGCGCCAUCAUAUUUGAGGUUUAAUUUUGUGUGUUGUGCUAAAGGAGAAUUUUGUGAGACAAAAUACCGAUAUUCCUCCUUGUCUUUCUUUUCCCUCUUCUCCCUAUGUCCAAAAUCAACGAACUUUCUCGGGGGCUGUUUGUAUAACCCAUCACAGAUAAUCAAGUUUCCAUGAUUUGCCAACAAA